AUGCUGGCGCUGCUCGCCGCGGGCUUGGCGCUCGCCGUGGCCGCCGCCCGAGCCCAGGACGACCCGGUGCCCGGCAGUCGCUUCGUGUGCACCGCGCUGCCCCCGGAGGCGGUGCGCGCCGGCUGCUCGCUGCCCGCUGUGCCCAUGCAGGGCGGCGGCGGAGCGCCGAGCCCCGAGGAGGAGCUGCGGGCCGCCGUGCUGCAGCUCCGCGAGACCGUCGUGCAGCAGAAGGAGACGCUGGGCGCGCAGCGCGAGGCCAUCCGCGAGCUCACCGGCAAGCUGGCGCGCUGCGAGGGGCUGGCGGGCGGCAAGGCGCGGGGCGCGGGCAAGGACACCAUGGGCGACCUGCCGCGGGACCCCGGCCACGUCGUGGAGCAGCUCAGCCGCUCGUUGCAGACCCUCAAGGACCGUCUGGAGAGCCUGGAGGUCCAGCUGCGCACGAACGCGUCCAGUGCUGGGCUGCCAAGUGACUUUCGAGAGGUGCUCCAGCAGAGGCUGGGGGAGCUGGAGCGGCAGCUGCUGCGCAAGGUGGCUGAGCUGGAGGACGAGAAAUCCCUGCUGCACAAUGAGACCUCAGCUCACCGGCAGAAGACCGAGAGCGCCCUAAACGCCUUGCUGCAGAGGGUGACAGAGCUGGAGCGGGGCAACAGUGCGUUCAAGUCGCCAGACGCCUUCAAAGUGUCCCUCCCGCUCCGCACAAACUACCUGUAUGGCAAGGUGAAGAAGACGCUGCCUGAGCUGUACGCCUUCACCAUCUGCCUGUGGCUCCGUUCCAGUGCCUCGCCGGGCAUUGGCACCCCGUUCUCCUAUGCUGUGCCUGGCCAGGCCAAUGAGAUUGUGCUGAUAGAGUGGGGUAACAACCCCAUUGAGCUGCUCAUCAAUGACAAGGUCGCACAGCUGCCCCUGUUUGUCAGCGACGGCAAGUGGCACCACAUCUGUAUUACCUGGACAACACGGGAUGGCAUGUGGGAAGCGUUCCAGGAUGGAGAGAAGAUUGGUACUGGGGAGAACCUGGCCCCGUGGCACCCCAUCAAGCCAGGGGGUGUGAUCAUCCUGGGGCAGGAGCAGGACACUGUAGGGGGCAGGUUUGACGCCACGCAGGCAUUUGUUGGAGAGCUGAGCCAGUUCAACAUAUGGGACCGCGUCCUCCGGGCACAAGAAAUUAUCAACAUUGCCAACUGCUCCACAAAUAUGCCUGGCAACAUCAUCCCUUGGGUGGACAACAAUGUGGACGUGUAUGGAGGGGCCUCCAAGUGGCCCGUGGAGACAUGUGAAGAGCGCCUCCUGGACUUGUAGCCACCUUCUUCCUGUCUAGAAGGCCAGGGUCAGGCUCUCCCGACUGGGAGUUCAAGGCCACCUAGUGUCCCAGUUAAACAGAGGGGCCCAAGGGCCACUCCCUGGAAACCUUUUAAGACUGAGGCUGUGUGGUGGCCUUUUUUUUUGUCAUGGGCGUAUCUGUUCCUUCCCAAGGUUCUGUUUAUUUUUGGGGGGGUGUAGUGCCAGAGUUCCCCAGGAAAUAAAUCUGAGCCAUGUCCUUCCAGGGGUGGGGUCCAGCCCCUGAGUCCCUUGUCCAGACCCUGUAAAUGCUAGCACAGCCCCUCCUGCCCGCCCUCUUGGAUCUGUGGUGUCCUGUGUGCGCCUUCUGUUUGCUCCCGUGAAUGGCCGUGCCGCCGUCCCCUUGGGGUGGCCGUGUCCCUUGUGUAUUGAGCACGUCCCCGCAGUCUUGAGCAAGCCCCCGUCUGCAGGAGGGGCUCCCUUUGUGUCCUGUACACUGUGGUCUGGCCUUGCUGUCUGAAGAGGCACAGCUCAGCUGUCCAGACAAGCCCCCAGCUUCCCCAGAACUGGGGACCCCAAGUGGAGAAGGGCCCGACCGCCGGUCCCCACCACUCUGCUGCCCCUUCCUGGGACCCGGGCUGCGGCGGGGCCAUUGCUUGGCCAGCUCCGAAAGCUGCUCUUCUCACCUGGUGCCAAGGUUCUGCAACAUCCAGUGUGGUUGGGGGAUUGAUUUAUUUUCUCCCACAAAACUCAACUAUUAGAAGCCUCCUUUUUUUUUUUUUUAUGCUCAGCCCCUGUGAGGAGUGAGACUAUGAGACUAUCCUUAAUCUACGUUGGUUCCUGUGAGCAUCUGACUGACCCCCGUUGAGUAUUUCCCCCCAGAACUUUUGGGAAAAAUGGAUGUCAUUUGGCUAAUAACUUGCUUAAGUGACUCCAAGCUGCUUCAUACAUUGUAACUUAUUUUAAAGAGAAAGCGACUUUAAGUGGGGAAGUUUAUAAAACUAUAUUAUAUAUUUUAUUUUCAUACCUGUUUGAAGCGCAUAUCCAUGGACGUUCCAUUCGUACCAUUCAUAGGACUGAGUUGACAUGCCCAAACUGACCUUUAUGCCACAAGAGCUCUUGUGAUGAUGGAAUUUUGAUUAAAGUGUACCGGAAGACA